GCUACAUACAGCAUGUAAUGCGUCCAUCGACUACAGAUUCCAAGGGCUUCUGUAAGCUCCGGGCAAAAAUCACUCACGAUAAGCAAGCUCAGCCAUGACGAACCUGAUAGGCCCACUUUCGCAUAUCAGGCUCAUUUGCCGAUGUCAGAACUCGGGUAUCUGGAUUUCAGGACCGAGGCAGUCCCGAGGCUUCCCAGAACAACCUGGUUCCUCAACGAACAACCGCCCUCAUCACGUGUGGAUUUCGCUAUGGAACCCUCGUCCUUUGGCAGCUCCAGUCUCCAAUCAGCAAGCCCUACCUACCUUGAGGUGCAUCGAAUUGUUUUACCAAAAAUAGACCACCGUAAUCGUGGGUGCAUGGGACCUACGCCCAGUCCUCCUCGGCCCCCCACGGGCGACCGCGUAGGCCCGCCACAUUGAAUAAAUCCGCACACUCUGGGGCCCUGGCUACAAUUGAGGGACAGAUCUGGGCUGAUUUUGUAAGCAUGCUUAUUAGCUUUCGGCUCCUGCUCCAUUUCGAGUCCAUGGAGCGAAGCAAGUGUGUCUGAUGGACAAUCAACACACAUUUGAUCAGUAUUAUGCCAAUGAGAGCGAGCGAAGCCAAUAGCGCUUGCUUUGAACGUCAUAUGGCGAUAAAGAGAAGUAGUAAGCCAUGGAUGGAACCGGAUCCUUGCCCCGUUUUCAGGAGGAAGCCUGGGUCUGGAGAAGACACUGGUCCCCACCGGCUGAUUGUCACCUUCGGUGAUAAGAUGGGUUUGUUUACCAAUACGAUCAAAAGCAAACAAAUGCGGGAUGGAGAGCGACACCUCAUCGCGACCUCUCCUGAGCGUUGCCUGCCGUUACCUUCCACAUGAUCAAUGGUUCACAACACACGUCGAUACGGACUGGAAAAUCAAGCAGGUCAAGUCGUGGCUUCUUGCCAAAUGCCUUCCUUACGCCGCGCCCCCAUCCCCUCCUGCGCGCCAGGCAGUCAAGAAACCCCAACGCCCACCCUCGCCUAUAACAUUCGCCCCAGAUCCGAGACACAGACCGAUAUCACCCAUCACAUUCGCUGCGCCCAAUAAAGGACAGCAAACCGGUCGGGAUGAGGAUGCAGACGUCGAAGAGGAAAUCGCCCUCUCACCUACCAGAACCCCACCUGUUUUCUCUCCGUCGAGCGAUGGCGAGUUCGAGAACAAUAUCGUCACCGCCGCGCCGCCGAAAAGCAAGAAACGCAUCGUUCUCCCCAGCGCGUCGACGUCCACCAAGGGAGAGCUCUUCACUCAGUUCACUCUACUGCGAUUCUCCACAGGCCAGAUUCUCGAAGACGAUCUUCCGCUGAGCUUCUACGAGUUGAAAGCGGAUGAAUUGCUCGAGCUUCACCGGCGCCGGACGCUACACACGCUUCCCCUCGAAUCGCUUCUUGCUUUGGCCAGUACCGUAUCGCUUCCCCCCAAUGCACCCGCCGCAAGUAAUUCCCGGGUUUUGCUUGCCCGCUUUGCCCCUCAAGCACCGUCGAUACCUCCUCCCAACAUGUACCCCCUUCAUCCGCAAUCAGCACUAUCUCCGAUCCACACAUCGCCACCAGGCACUACCCGUUCUUCAUCUCCAAUGCCCAGUGAACACACCAGCCAGCCCUAUCCCCCAUCUCUGCCACCGCAUCAUCAUGACCGAGAUCCUUAUCCGACCUAUACGAACCCCGGUCGGAGAUUCGACUCGGAUGGUUCUGCAUCAUCAACAUCACUCUCCUCACCCGUUUUCGCGCAUGAUGACAGCGGAUCGGACGGCGCACGGCGUAGGCGAAUGAGACGCGAUCGUGCGCAAGGGAUGGGGAGCGGGAAUAUGCGCGGACGGGAAACUAAACGAAAGGCUAAGGACAACGGGAGGAGAUGGAUUGCCUUGGACAUGAAGGACGACCAUUCCUACGUCUCAUUGCUCCGAGUGCUGCAUCGAUACACGCUGCCCGCGUCCACAUUUGUAGAAUCACUUCCGAUGACGGUUGGACCCAGUUCGCCCCGAUCUCCAGGGCGGGACCGCCUGGAGGACGGCAACGACGAUGCCGAUGUUCCUGCCGUCCUGCAGCAUCCUGCUUCCCUUGCCCAUUCGCGCCGAUCCCGAUCGGCGGGGAAUAGCCUCAGUGUGGCGCAGUUUCCAGAGUGGCGGCGGGAAAUUGCCAGCGCGCCCGCAGAGCGGGAUUGGGCAAACUUGGCAUCUGAGCCUGAGCCCAAUCUGACUCACGAUCUCUCUUCUGCGGACCGAGUGGAUCGCAAAGGCAAAGGCAAGGCUCGCGCCAGGAGCCGCAGCAGUCCUCCGGACGGGUAUACAUCGGAUGUGUCUGGAGAGGAAGAAGACGAGCUCGAUGCUUACUCUGAAGACGAUAACGUUCUCGAAAAUGCCAACAGCAUCCAUGCGACCAGUCCAUUGGAUGAGCGGCCGGGAUAUUUCGACUCGGAGUCCGACUCUGAGACAGGGCAGAUGGCCAGCGAGAACGAAUGGGUAGGCUGGAUGGGCGAUUUGCGGCGACAGGCUAAGGUUGUUAAGGAAGCACGCGAGGCUGCAAAGAGGAGAGAAGAAACCAUGAAGCUGGAGGACGAGCAGAGGGAAAUGGAGCUGGGUAUGUCGCCACUCGAGAGCUCGACAACGAUUUCUGCUGGUUUCACUGCUGGCUCGAGCACUGCAAUAGACUCGAAUGGGAGCUUGGCGGAUGCGGUCGUGACUGUUGCUCGCAUUGGCAAUGGCGUAGAUGAUCGGCUGCGUCGCGCUGCGAUGGAGCCUAGUGCGACAGUGACCAGUUUGAGCGGCAUCAACCCAAGCCCACCGACCAGACCACCGCCGCAUCUGUUGCAUCUCUAUGGCUACGCUCAUCCUGGUCAGUUGUACGGAUAUGGGAAUGGGUAUCCUGUUACCUACGCUCACGGUUCGGGUCACGGCACACCGGUUCUCUCCUCGCCGUCAUCGAACGAGUCGAUUGGAUUCUCUCCGCUCGCGCCGCCGCUGGAAAUAGAUGGCGACGACAGUUCUGCCCAACAUCGAGCGCCUGCCCAUUCCAGAGCUCACUCGCAUACACUACUCCAUUCCGUCUCCAUGCACGACAUGCAAGCCCAAUAUGCACUCGGUAAUGGAUAUGGGAUGGCCCACGCCAUUGGAACCACCGGGGUCGAUCCUUUCGUCCGUCGGCCGAGCAUGCCCAUAAUCGGCAGUGGCGUCCGAUGGGGCGAUGGAGAGCGCAGUCGAGGAUCCAGCCUUGAACGCGGCAGCAAUUCGAUCGAAGAGGUCCCAAGAGUAUCGCGGUCGGGGAGUGUCGGCCGCAGUGUGUUGCGCAAGAAAGAGCCGUCCGACGGCCAAACUCGCAGACCGCGGCUUUCUGUGUCGACUGCUACCGCCCCUGAUUUCGGCCGGAGUCCUCCUGGGACACCGCUGGUAGACAACCUCCCCCAAGUGCAGUUCCAAGCAUCGCCUGCCCAGCCAACGAAGAAGAAACGGGUUGGAUUGAAGAGGGGUAUGUCGAUCCAGGCUGAGAAGUUUGUGAAGAGGCUUGAUUCGACGCUUGAUUUUGUUGAUGGGCAUAGCAUUCUUGAAACACGUACACGUGAUCUUGUUUACGACGCGUUUUGUGACGCGGCGAAUCGUGACGUGACUGACCUUUCUUCCUCUCCAUCGAAGACACCAGCCAUGUCCCGGACAUCCCAAAGCGGUUUAGGAUCCUACAAACGCGAUUUCUCCGUCAAAUCCCCCAGCUCUUCCCCGGAAAUUGAAUGGAUACCGACGCCACCGAAACUCUCGUCAUCACUGCCUGCCUCUGCCUCUGGGUCGGACGCCCAAAUGUCAGCGAAGGAGAAACGGUUGAGGGAUAUUCAGAAUGCCUUGAGUAAUCGGAGGAAUCCCACGGUUGCGCCUCCGAAGCCUGCAACUGUCGCCGCACCGCCCGCCUUGCUUGUCAAAGCCAAGCGGCCGAGCGAGACUGAGCUCCCCGACACCUCUGCGCCUGCACCACAGAAGAAAGCUCGGGUGCUCCCGUCGGGAUACCACAAGGCCAACACCUCUGCUCAUGUUGCGAGCGGAUCGGGUAAGCGCUCGAACAAAGUGUUUUUGAGUGCGGAGCAGCAGCAGAUCUUGAAGCUGGUGCAGGAAGGGAAGAGUCUAUUCUACACUGGAAGUGCGGGGACGGGAAAGUCAGUCCUCUUGCGAGAGAUCAUCAAGACCAUGAGAAAGUCACAUACGGGACCGGACGCGCUGGCUAUCACUGCAUCCACAGGGAUUGCUGCAUGUAACAUCGGUGGCGUCACCAUCCACUCUUUUGCCGGGAUUGGAUUGGGUAUUGAGUCGGCAGAGGACCUGACCAAGAAAAUAAGGAAGAAUAAGAAGUCCCUGACUCGAUGGCUGCGGACAAAGGUUCUCAUCAUAGAUGAAGUCUCCAUGCUGGAUGGGGACUUGUUCGACAAAUUGUCGCAGAUUGGAGGCUUCCUACGGGGAAAGAUAGCCCAUUUGGGGGCAUACAGGUGCUUCGACUUCCUCCGUCACCAAGUCUGGCGAUGUCAAACCGACCAAGAGUUUGUUGAUAUGCUGAACGAGAUGCGUUUCGGUACCCUGACACGAGAGUCGGAGCUGAAGUUCCGCUCGUUGUCGAGAGAGAUCGUGUACGAAGACGGACUUGGCCCGACUGAACUUUUCCCUCGGCGAGAAGACGUCGAUAGAUCCAACAGCACCCGCAUGAUUCGGCUUGCAACCGAGCAGCACUCGUUCACAGCGAGAGACGGCGGUGUGAUACAAGAUCUCAAUCAACGAGAGAAACUACUCUCGAACUUCAUGGCUGUGAAGAAACUUGACAUCCGCAAGGGUGCUCAAGUGAUGUUGAUCAAGAACAUGGAUGAUCAGUUGGUCAACGGCAGCAUGGGUCUCGUUCUUCGAUUUGUCGAGCAAGCGAUAUUUGGUACAGAUCGAGACACCGAAGGAAACGGGGAAUCCGAGGUUCUUGGCGUCACAGCUGGCCCCGGCAAGAAACCGCCGAUCCCUUCAUCUGGCGUCCCGGCGGUCAAAUACCCCGUGGUGGAAUUCGCGCUGGCGAACGGCGGCCGACGUACUGUGCUUGUGGUACCCGAGUCUUUCAAGGUCGAGUUGCCAUCUGGAGAGGUCCAGGCCAGCCGCACGCAGCUGCCGCUCAUUCUUGCAUGGGCCAUGAGCAUUCACAAAUCGCAAGGUCAGACGCUUGAGCGCGUCAAGGUCGACCUUGGCAAAGUGUUCGAGAAGGGACAAGCCUACGUUGCUCUGUCACGUGCCACCUCCAUGCAGGGACUCCAGGUCCUUGGAUUCGACGCUUCAAAGGUCCAAGCUCAUCCCAAAGUCAAAGUCUGGAGUCGGUCGCUGGAAACCAUUGCGGAUAAUAGCUAGGAGUUGGAGCCUCUGGUAUAACAUCGUUAGUUAUGGACCCACAACCUGAAGUGAAGCUAAACGAAGGUUUCUGGCUACUCGCUCAUCACUGUGUGCUUGAAGCAAGCCAUGUACACUGGCUGAGGACGCGAAACUCGUCCUCACGUGAUUCUUUUGACACGUGACUUGAGGCUGUGCCCUCACUCGAUUCAAUUAGACGACCAUUCCGGAUCGACUCAUAAGCGCCCUUACACGGAUCUGCUCUGGUUUCUCAUCCGAGUACCCGAUGCUCACUGUGUCGUUAUGUGUCAAGCUCGAUGACCCUCAAGCGGGCGGUGCUUCCUCACGAAGAAUUGCUCAUUCUCCAGGCCAUGUCAACAGAUCGACCUGCGAUCCGUAUUGCCUGCCCCGAACAUCGGGCCCGCGGCGCAGCUCUGCCGGGGCGGCCGGCCUGGGUGAUCCUUGAUGCUGCUGCGCAACGAAUGUGCUCUGGAGAUGCAGGUGGGCAGGUCGAAUUGACUCGCCUGUGGGAUUUGGCAUGGGAAUCGAACCGCGGCUGGGUCUCUGCACACGUGUCCACGCAGCAUACCCGCGUCGCCCUUCUUCCGUGCUGCGUUGCCGGUGGGACAUCCAUGUGUGGUGUGGCCAGCGCAAGUCCGCGGUGGCGGGUCGUCUUCUGGAAGGCGUGUUUCAUUAGCUUCCGGCUCCCGGGCUUCUUUCCC